AUGGCACUAGCCACUACACAAGAAGCAGAGGAGUAUGUCACAAUGCCCCGUGCAUCUAUGGAUGAGGCUGUAAUGCCAGGAUUGGUUUCCAAGGCGCUAGACAGACAAUGCAGAAAGGGCUUUUGUGACUUUGUGGACGCCGUAUUUCCGAACAUUUAUUACAGCUACAGCAAUCGUGUGGAACUUCCUUGGUUCGAAAUCGCUCAAUACGACCGAGGUGCAGGACCUGCAAUGCAGUGGGGGUUUCGCAGCCUUGGGACCUGGCAGCUAGGCAGGGUAAAUGGCAAUCAACGACAUAUUCUUGCCAGUCAGGAAAUGUACGGCCGUGGAUUGCGACAUCUUGUUAAAGCCAUCAAGAAUCCUGCCACAGUUGGCACGAACGACACCCUUGGAGCUGCAAUCCUGUUAGGAAUUUAUGAGUUGAUGAAUUCAACAGAGCAGAACUCAUGGCUGCUACAUUCACGUGGAAUUUCUCAUCUCUUGCGCCUCAGGGGAGCGAAGACUCAUGCGAGUGGAUAUGGCCGUACCCUACUUUUAUCCUUUCGCGGACUCCUAGUUUAUGAGGCCUUUACUCGGGGAGAGGCAUGUUUCUUAGAAAGCGAGGAAUGGAGGUCAACUCUCCCAGAUGCCUUAGAGGACGAGCAGCGACGUGGCACAAACUGUGGUCUGGGCUUGCUCAUGGACUAUGCAUUCAAUGAAAUAGCUCAGUGCCCCGGGUUUCUUGCCAAGACUAAAGCCCUAGUUGCCUCAUCGCGAACUACCAAUGCGGAGAGAGAGGAUUUAUUGGGUGCAAUAAACAGCAGCCGACAGAUCCUAGACGACGUGGAAAUGCAAAUAAUGGCUGGCGUGAAGGCUGAUCACGAAGGGAUCAAUAAUGAGGCUGCGGCUUUCUUUGGACUUAUUCCCCGUUCCAUCAAGGAUGCAUCGGUGAAAUUCACCCUCGAGGGUGUCCAUUCAGGGAUCGCACUUCUCCGGCAGUUAUCGGUUGUGCUAGUGUCCGAUCGGAGCCGGCAAAAAUCAGUAACACCGUGGUUAAAACUCGAUUCAUGUAAGAAUGAGCUAGAGAUCAUAAAAGACGCCGGUGAAAUUGCCCAGUUGUCGAAACAAGGUACUCGAUUGCACCCAACAGGUCCACAGCAACAGGGCAGCCCGAAGGUCUGGCAUGAUCGCAUCGCCUUAGCAAUGGGGAUGCCAGAACAAGUUUGA